GCCGCAGCCGUUGCGCAACUCGAGCUUACAACGAUCACACUUCCUCUCCACGCGCCGAGAUAUUUCAAUUGCCAGCACAGCACCUUUCGCCUCGCCUCGCCUGUCACACACCGACCUCCCGGUGUCGCGCAUCCCUUGAGUCUCCGCCCGCGCGGAGGUCGAUUAGCAGCUCCGCAUAGCUGUCCAGAACCAAGCAACACUCGCACGCACAGCUUCCGCACCACCGCCGCCAUGUCGUUACAAUCCUACUUCCUCGACGUCAUAUACUCGUUCACAAACUGCAUGGUGUGCUUUCCCGGCUCGCCGAACCUGAAAAUAAACAGCCGCAACUUCAAGAUACUCCGGCUGCUCGGGGAGGGUGGCUUCUCCUACGUCUACCUCGUCCAAGACAAUGCGAACCAGCAGCUCUUCGCCCUCAAGAAGAUCCGCUGCCCCUUCGGCCAGGAAUCUGUCUCGCAGGCCCUCAAAGAAGUAGAAGCCUACUCGCUCUUCUCGCCGCAUCCAAACAUCAUCCACUCGAUCGACUACAGCGUCGCGUCGGACAAGUCAGACCCCAGCGCCAAGACGGUGUACAUCCUCUUGCCGUACUACCGCCGCGGAAACCUGCAGGACAUGAUCAACGCGAAUCUGGUCAACCACACAAAGUUCCCCGAGAAGCGGCUCAUGCAAUUGUUCUUAGGCGUGUGCAAGGCGCUCAAGACGAUGCACCAGUACCGGAUGAGCGAGGGGCCGGGCGGCGCGCGGAGCGAGGGCAAGGCGAAGAAAGUAAGGAAGGAUGCCGCGCGCGCGGAUGCAGAGGCAGCUGAGGCCAUGGAGAUGCGGCGGCAUAGGGAUCACGAUGAUGACGACGAGGCGGAGGGUGAGGGCCUGCUCGAGAGCGGGGAGGCGAGUCUCGCGCAGGAGGGCAUUGCGCCGGGCGGGGAGCGCGCGUAUGCGCAUCGGGAUAUCAAGCCCGGCAACGUAAUGAUCGACGACGACGGCGUUAACCCCAUCCUCAUGGACCUGGGCUCCCUCGCGCCCUCGCCCACCCCGAUAACAUCGCGCUCGCUCGCCCUCCAGGUCCAAGACACCGCCGCCGAGCACUCCACAAUGCCCUACCGUGCGCCGGAACUCUUCGAUGUAAAAACUGGCAGCGUAAUCGACACCAAAGUCGACAUCUGGAGCAUGGGCUGCAUGCUGUACGCUUGUCUGGUGGGCAAAUCGCCGUUCGAAGCGCGCAGCGAUGAGACAGGGGGUAGUCUGAGCAUGUGCGUGUUGGGUGGGGACUGGAGGUUUCCGGAUGAGGGGAGAGGGGCGAAGAAACCAGCGGAUGGCGAGGGCAUAAGUGAGAACGUCAAGGAGGUCGUGAGGAAGUGUCUAAAGGUUGAACCCGGGGAGAGGCCGGACGUCGACCAGCUUAUUGAGAUGGUGGAGGGGGUUAUUGCAGAGCUGCCUGAGGACGGAUCAGAGUAGGGCGAGGGAAGCGCGUGAUUGCGAGAGCAUGUAAGAGCGGACGGUGUUGAUUAUAGGUGUACUUAUUCGAAUUUUCGAGGUCACGACGCCAUGGUGUGUAAGAAAGUGCUUUAGCUGCAACCAAUAUACCCUUCUACG